AUGUCACCAGUUCCUGCGACAGAGGGAACUGUCCGGGCCAGACCGGAAGACGAGGCUCAGCGGGAUCUGCAAGUCCUUAAUUCCGGCGUUAUGACCACAGGAAGAUUGCAGAGAGGCUCAGCAGAGAGUGAUAUAGGCCGAAUCUUCGCAGAUGCUAACGGUCUGUUCUCCUCUCCUCAUGGUCAGGCAUCACUCGCCACGAUUGAGCUCACGCCAAAUGACCAUGAUCGACUUCUUGAACUCUGUAAGAGGUUUGAUCGAUGUCUAGGACCAAUAUUAAUCCUCUUCACUCUUGAUGUAGGUCUGCUGACCCUGUUCGGAUCUAUUAUCCUCACUGACGUGUCUUGUGGUGAAAGUGUGCUCUUUCUGCUAUCGGGAACUGGUCAAAACAUCUAUCGCGUGCACAUUCAAUCCUAUGGGCCUGUGGAGGACCUAGUGCCCUCACAAAUGCCCGUGUCCGAUCCCAGGUCAGCAUGUUGGUAUGAGCUAGUCCACCAAAGCGAGAUUGCCCGAUCCAUGAGAUGGCUGAACUUCGAUAUCACACCCGUGCUAGAAAUUGAAAUGGAAUUGACCAAGUGGAAUAAUAACGUCAGAUCCUCCAUUGAUGAGAAUCCUAUGAGCAGGGAGCUCUCUGAUGCCGAAAGGGAGCAAAACUUUCACAAACAGCAGGAUCGUUACCACUGUGCAGAAGCCUGGAGGUAUGCAUUGCUUCUUUAUAUAGAAAGUGUCUUCAAAUCCGACCACCAACGAUGCACCGCGAGGCAAAACAAAGUGCUUCGCAGUACGAUUGAUCAUACUAAGUGUUGCAGGCGAACUUCCCAAACACAGAAGCAACUUCUACUUCCGGUUUUCCUCGCUGGCAGCGUCACCUCAGAUCAAGACACGCGGGAGUUCGUCAAAGACUACUGUACUUAUUGGGGAGAGAAAAGUCGGUAUAGCAUGUUUAACUCUGUGCCUCUACUCCUGGACGAAGUCUGGAGCUCCGGAAAGUGGUGGGGUGCAGUCGUCGACAACGAAACAAGAACCCCAGCCCUGUUCACGGAUCAGGGUGCUACGCAACUUUUGUUAGGAUGA